ACACUAUAUAUAGCCCUCCAAAUGCAUGCAAAAAUAGCACUUUGGAGUAUGGCUACCAAACCAGGGAUCCUCACUGACUGGCCAUGGAAGCCUCUUGGUAGCUUCAAGUACGUGAUUUUGGCUCCAUGGGUGGUGCAUGGCAUAUACUCAUUCAUGGCAAAGAGAGAAAGUGAUCAGAGAGACCUCCUCGCCUUGCUUCUAUUUCCAUUCCUUUUGGUGAGAAUGCUUCACAAUCAGCUAUGGAUUUCUCUAUCCCGUUACCAAACAGCCAAAGGCAAUAAUAGGAUUGUGGACAAAGGAAUCGAAUUCGAGCAGGUUGAUAGAGAAAGGAACUGGGAUGACCAGAUCUUGUUCAAUGGACUCUUAUUAUACAUAGGCCCUAUGAUUAUUCCUCAGGGUCGUAACCUACCCUUUUGGAGAAGAGAUGGUAUGGUUAUCUCAAGUCUGCUUCAUGCGGGUCCAGUGGAGUUCCUUUACUACUGGUUUCACAGAGCAUUGCACCACCAUUACCUUUACUCUCGUUACCAUUCCCACCACCAUUCCUCCAUUGCUACUGAACCAAUUACCUCCGUCAUCCAUCCGUUUGCCGAACACUUGGUGUAUUUCGUGCUCUUCGCAAUACCCAUUUUGACAACAGCGCUCACCGGAAGUGCCUCUAUUGCUUCCUUGUUCGGCUACAUCACAUAUAUUGAUUUUAUGAACAAUUUGGGUCACUGCAAUUACGAGCUUAUUCCAAAGUGGCUCUUCUCCAUCUUUCCCCAGCUCAAGUACCUCAUUUACACCCCCUCAUAUCACUCUCUGCAUCACACACAACUUCGAACAAAUUAUGCCCUUUUCAUGCCACUGUAUGACUACAUCUAUGGCACCAUGGACAAAUCAAGCGACCAACUCUAUGAAAGCUCAUUGAAAAGGGAAGCAGAGUCACCAGAUGUGGUGCACCUGACGCAUUUAACCACGCCAGAUUCCAUCUACCAUCUGCGUCUUGGCUUUGCCUCCUUGGCCUCCAAGCCUCACGCAUCCAAAUGGUACCUCUGCCUCAUAUGUCCCGUCACCUUCUUCUCCAUGAUGAUAACCUGGUUCUAUGGCCGUACUUUUGUCGUUGAGAGGCUCUGCUUUAAUAAGCUCAGAUUGCAGACCUGGGCCAUACCAAAGUACAGCAUUCAAUAUUCUUUGCAAUGGAAAAUUGAGUCUAUCAAUGGCUUGAUUGAGGAAGCCAUACUUGAAGCAGAGAAAAGAGGCGCUAAAGUGCUGAGCCUUGGUCUCUUAAAUCAGGGAGAGGAGCUUAAUAGAUAUGGUGAACUUUAUGUAGAGAGACACCCUAAGCUAAAUAUCAAGGUGGUGGAUGGGAGUAGCCUCGCAGUUGCUGUUGUGCUAAACAGAAUUCCCAAAGGAACAACCCAAGUGGUCAUCAGAGGCAGACUCACCAAGGUUGCAUAUGCCCUGGCCUUUACCUUAUGCCAAAGGGGUAUCCAGGUAGUUACAUUACGUGAAGAUGAGUAUGUGAAGCUUAGAAGAUCGUUCAACUCCAACUCCAACUCCAAAACUAAUUUGCUCUUUUCAAGAAGUACUUAUGCUCAAAAGAUUUGGUUAGUGGGAGAUGGACUGGAUGAGGAAGAACAGUUGAAGGCGCAGAAAGGAACACAAUUUAUUCCCUUUUCACAAUUCCCACCAAAGAAAUUGCGCAAGGAUUGUUGCUACCACAGCACACCAGCAAUGGUGACUCCAAGGCAUAUUGAGAAUCUGCACUCUUGUGAGAAUUGGUUGCCAAGAAGAGUGAUGAGUGCAUGGCGUGUAGCUGGGAUUGUGCAUGCCCUAGAAGGAUGUGAUGAACAAGAGUGUGGUUACACAUUGUCCAACAUUGACAAAGUUUGGCAAGCAAGUCUCCGACAUGGAUUUCAACCUUUGAUGUUCCCAAACUAAUCAAAACACUACAAUAAACAUUAAUCCACAGUGCUUGUAAUGUUAUAUCUAAAUAGAGUAGUUCUAUGUAAUGUAACUGGGAUAACGUGACCAUGAAAAUCAGUUAUUGUUUCUGUUUUUUUAAGUGCUAAUCUAAAGGUUGGAUUUUAAUA